CAGACACCACACAACAUUAAUAUAAACACAGAAACUCCAGUCAGAGCUCCAAAACUCGCCGAACUGUACUUUCUGAUAGAAUAUUGUCGAUCUGUGCGGUAUUAUUAGCGAUAGUGUUUGUCUGAGGAGUUGAGGGUAGUGUGGAUGAUGGAGGGGCUGCUGUUGAUUCUGCUGUCCGUUGUUAUCGCAUCUAUUCACGGAUCGAGACUCAAGACACCCGCGCUGCCCAUCCAGCCCGAGAGAGAACCCAUGAUUUCCAAAGGAUUAUCCGGUUGCUCCUUCGGUGGCCGCUUUUACUCUCUGGAAGACACGUGGCAUCCAGAUCUCGGAGAGCCGUUUGGUGUGAUGCACUGUGUUAUGUGUCAUUGUGAGCCGCAGAGGAGCCGGCGAGGGAAGGUUUUCGGGAAGGUGAGCUGCAGGAAUAUGAAACAGGACUGUCCAGAUCCGACCUGCGACGAUCCGGUCCUGCUUCCCGGACACUGCUGCAAAACAUGCCCAAAAGGCGACUCUGGGAGGAAGGAGGUCGAGUCACUAUUUGAUUUCUUCCAGGAAAAAGAUGACGAUUUGCACAAAUCCUACAACGACAGAUCGUACAUCAGCUCCGAGGACACCAGCACUCGAGACAGCGCCACCGAUUUUGUGGCGCUGCUGACGGGUGUGACAGACUCCUGGCUGCCAAGCUCCAGUGGCGUCGCGCGGGCCAGAUUUACGCUUUCUCGAACCAGUCUGACUUUCUCCAUCACUUUCCAGAGAAUUAACAGACCGAGUCUCAUCGCGUUUCUGGACACUGACGGAAACACGGCGUUUGAGUUCAGAGUCCCGCAGGCUGAUAACGACAUGAUCUGCGGCAUCUGGAAGAAUGUGCCGAAAUCUCACAUGCGGCAGCUGGAGGCGGAGCAACUGCACAUCUCCAUGACAACCGCUGACAACAGGAAGGAGGAGCUUCAGGGCAGAAUAAUCAAACACAGAGCGCUGUUUGCCGAAACGUUCAGUGCAAUCCUGACGUCUGAUGAGGUGCAUUCUGGGAUGGGUGGAAUCGCCAUGUUGACGCUCAGUGACACCGAAAACAAUCUGCAUUUCAUUCUGAUUAUGCAGGGACUCGUUCCUCAGGGGAGCUCCAAGGUGCCGGUGCGAGUGAAACUGCAGUAUCGACAACACCUGCUGAGAGAAAUACGAGCAAACAUCACCGCAGAUGACUCAGACUUUGCUGAAGUGCUAGCGGAUCUGAACAGUCGUGAACUCUUCUGGUUGUCCCGCGGGCAGCUCCAGAUCUCCGUCCAGACUGAAGGUCAAACCCCGCGUCACAUCUCGGGAUUCAUUUCUGGAAGGAGAUCAUGUGACACUCUGCAGAGUGUGUUGUCGAGCGGUGCGGCUCUGACUCCAGGUCAGACGGGCGGUGUGGGCUCCGCUGUGUUCACUCUGCACCCGAACGGCUCUCUGGAUUACCAGCUACUGGUGGCGGGUCUGAGCAGUGCGGUGCUGAGCGUAAGCAUCGAGAUGAAGCCGCGGCGUCGCAACAAACGCAGCGUGCUGUAUGAGCUCCCGGCAGUGUUCACGGAGCAGCGGGCGGCGGGCAGCUGCGGGCGCGUGGAGGCCAGACACACACACAUGCUGCUGCAGAACGAGCUGUUCAUCAACAUCGCCACCGCACUGCAGCCCGACGGGGAGCUGCGCGGACAGAUACGCCUGCUGCCAUAUAACGGACUGGACGCGCGCAGAAACGAGCUGCCGGUUCCUCUGGCGGGUGUUUUGGUGUCUCCGCCGGUGCGCACUGGUGCAGCGGGUCACGCCUGGGUCUCAGUGGACCCUCAGUGUCAUCUGCACUACGAGAUCAUCGUUAACGGACUCAGCAAGAGCGAAGACGCCUCCAUCAGCGCACACCUGCACGGAUUGGCCGAGAUCGGAGAGAUGGACGACUCUUCCACCAAUCACAAGAGACUCCUGACCGGUUUCUACGGGCAACAGGCUCAAGGCGUCCUGAAGGACAUCAGUGUUGAAUUAUUGCGUCAUUUAAACGAAGGUACGGCGUACCUGCAGGUCAGCACCAAGAUGAACCCCAGAGGAGAGAUUCGCGGACGGAUCCACGUCCCGAACCGCUGUGAAUCCCCGGGGCCCCGCGCUGAGCUUCUGGAGGAGCCGGAGUUUGAGGAUCUGCUGUUCGCCCGGGAGCCGACGGAGCUGCGGAAAGACACACACACUCACAUACACUCCUGCUUCUUUGAGGGAGAACAACACACACACGGCUCACAGUGGACACCGCAGUACAACACCUGCUUCACCUGCACCUGCCAGAAGAAGACUGUGAUCUGUGACCCAGUAAUGUGUCCUGCGCUCUCCUGCACACACACCGUCCAGCCUGAAGACCAGUGCUGUCCCAUUUGUGAAGAAAAGAAAGAAUCUAAAGAGACGACUGCGACUGCUGUAGAAAAAGUUGAGGAAAAUCCUGAAGGCUGUUAUUUCGAAGGCGAUCAGAAAAUGCACGCACCUGGAACAACAUGGCAUCCGUUCGUCCCACCGUUCGGCUACAUCAAGUGUGCAGUCUGUACCUGCAAGGGCUCGACAGGGGAAGUGCACUGCGAGAAGGUGACGUGCCCGCCCCUUACCUGCAGCCGACCAAUCAGACGCAACCCUUCGGACUGCUGUAAGGAGUGUCCUCCUGAAGACACGCCCCCUCUGGAGGACGAGGAGAUGAUGCAGGCGGACGGGACGCGGCUCUGCAAAUUUGGGAAAAACUACUAUCAGAACAGUGAGCACUGGCACCCGAGCGUCCCCCUGGUGGGGGAGAUGAAGUGCAUCACCUGCUGGUGUGACCACGGCGUCACAAAGUGUCAGAGGAAGCAGUGUCCGCUGCUGAGCUGUGGAAACCCCAUCCGCAGAGAGGGAAAAUGCUGUCCGGAAUGCAUAGAGGACUUCAUGGAGAAAGAAGAAAUGGCAAAGAUGGCAGAGAAAAAGAAAAGCUGGAGACACUGACACGCUCUAAAGUGGAGAUCAGGUCGUCUCAAACGCACAAGCAGACGCCUGCGGACUGUACAAAUGCACACUGAAGAGCUCCAGAACGACAAAACUACACAAUGGAUUAAUCCAGAAUCAAUCUCAGCUGCUGCAGAUGUUUGGAUUUCCCACCGGCGGGAAUGUGCCUUUUAUUUUUGUUUGCAUAUUUGACUUGGACACAGCAUCACGUGCGAGUAAAACAAAACAAAUUACACUAAUGCUUCUCACUGUCUCUCUAUAAUGACUCUGAAAUCAGCCAAUCAGCAGGACUGUUUUGAUGCAUCUGAUUGGAGGAUUGAUUGUGGAGGCGGGGUGCCCUGGAUGCUCAUUAACAUAAACUCCGCCCACUUCCGAUGUCGCUGGUAUAUUUUGUUUGUUUUCUUUCAGUAUUUUGAUGGUUAUUAUGAAUAUUGUUUGUAUUGCGUAUUUAUUAAUUAUGAUGAAUAAACAAUAA